AUGUCUCCAAACGGUCAGACCAUCGUGGCUCGUCAUGCAGGAGAACCUGCAGCACCCGCAGAGCCGGCGGAGCCCAAGGCUCGCAAAGCUUGCAUUAAUUGCCGAAGGCAGAAGAUGAAAUGUAGAAUAGACAGCGGGAACAUAUGUCGGAGAUGCAGGCGUUCUGGCAACCCUUGCAUUUUUGUACCUCGGUCCAAUGCUUCUGUCCCGUUUAUCCCAGGGUCUCUGCCCCUGACUGACCCGACUCACAUCGAAUUCAACAGUGAGAUAUUGCGAAGACUUCAGUCGAUUGAAGAAUACAUAGGUCUUUCCAGAUCGAAGCCCAACGAGGCGGAAGCAGGCGAUGAGAUAGACAUGAAUGGAGAAGAUGAGCUACAAGAAGAAGACAGUUCUUUGAAUUCUCUAUGGGAAGCCGUCCGAUGCCUUGAAAGGAUAAGUCCCAGCUCCAUUGAUGCUUUGAUAUGGCGGAGGAGUACCAUCAAGCACCUCUGGCAGAUCUUCAAUGAAAAGACACCAGGACUCCACUUUCUUCCAAGCAAACAACGGUUUUCUGCCCCUCGGCCACUGCUUCUGGCUUCUAUUCUAUACUGCUCAAGUACUCGUGGAACUACUGAAGUAGCUGAGCUAGCACCGCAUUAUUUCAACGUACUCUGUAAUGCCAUCGCGCAACUGAGUAUUCCGAAUAGCGAAAUUGGACACUCUCCAGACGAUCCAGGCUCAGUGGAAGAAUGGGCAUUUCAAACCGUGUUAGCCAUCAUUUUGGCUGGGCUCUUGACCGAGGGCAGCGUCCGGGAGACGGGUAUUUGGAUCUCUGUCGCGCAUCGUUUAAUCCUUGAGAAUUGUCCACCACACAUUGAUGAGAGGUCUAGGGAUUGGCGGAAGCUUUUUACUGGCGUUCAAAUUGUUGAUCUAGAGCAUGCCUCUCUUCACAUGGCUGCUCCUGUCAUUCCACGGGAGCCGCCCCUCCCAUCGCUCACCAUAUCACACAGGGAUCAACUCUACCGGCUAUCUCGAAUGAUGCACACCGGCCUGACUCACUUCACUGGGCGCGGCUUGCCAACCAUUUGGUCAUGUUUUACGGGUAGCCCCUCAGAAACUACCUGGUCAGCGUAUCCAUUCAGUCCUGUCGAUGCAGCUGUCAUCCGCGACUGGGCUAGACAGCUUGACGACUGGCUCGUAGAGUUUAGCAAGGAAGUUGAUGACAGUGAGCAGGACCGCCAGUCAGUCUUUCGUCAGUAUGUGUUGCACCGACUGCUCGUUUUGUCCAUCUACCAUCCUGCCAGGGGAUGCAACCUCCACUCUAAUAGCAUCACGCCCAAGGAGCAAUACGAACUCCUACUUUCAGCACGUGCGACUCUCAAGCUCCACUUAAACGACAAGGCGAUUUGGUCCAAUUGGGAUCUCGUCAUGAUCACAUGGGCCGCUCUUAUUGUGAUACAGGGUGUGGAAGGUGGCAACGGAGAAGCAGAUGACCUUGGAAAUAUCCGCAUUCACCUUGACUUCCUGAGGCAGACGAAUGAGCCAAAGCCAAGCUUACACGAUAAGCUGGCCACGCGGCUUGAGCAGAGCCUGCAGGGCAUGCAAACCCCAAGCCCCACGGCACUGCAUGAUCCCAUGAGUCUUCCUGUGAUAAGCCCAGAUCUGGACUACUCAUGGCAGAUCUUCAACCAGGCCAGCCUGGACCAGGUGACGUUUGGGAUCUGGCCGGAAACGACGGAUAUACAACCCAUACAAUGA